CCCGCCCCCUUCGCGACAACAACAACGAAGAACGGCAGGGCGAGCGAGACUUUUGAUAAAAAGACAAUCGCAACAUUUUAUAAAUUUUUUCUGAGUCGGCAAAAGCAAAAAUAAUGCUGAUUGCCUCAUGUUUAUAAUUCAUAGGCCAAACUGACCAGGUAGACUGCGGACGGACGAGAGUCUGAUGUCAGCAGAUUUUAGAAGAUAAUUACAACAUGGGUAGUGGCACAGCGAUAUCUGUAUUUGUCAUCGUUCUGUCUGUGGGCAUCCAUCAGUACAACCCUUUCAUCAUCCCGUCUCUUCUGGGUAGAGGUCUUGGGUACACUAGAGAUGCGUACAAAGCCGUAUGCCACUUUUACGACAAGACUGCUGCCUUUGUCUACCAAAAUACCGGCAUUGAUCUCAGGUAUGAGCGAGAAGAUGAGCACUAUGCAAAGCAGAAGCCAGAAUUCCAAAGUCCAGCCAAAAUGCAUAAGAACACUGCCAAGCUGCUCAUGACGAAAGCAGAAUUGGCCCAGUAUGAUGGAAGUGAAGGUAGCAAAGGAUUGUAUGUUGCAAUCCUAGGAAGCGUUUUUGACGUUUCAGCCGGCAAGGAUCAUUACGGGCCAGGCUGCAGCUAUCAUUUUUUCACCGGAAAAGAUGGAUCUCGAGCAUUUGUGAGUGGGGACUUCAGCGAGAAUGGCCUGACUGAUGAUCUAACUGGCCUUUCAAACAAAGACAUCCAGGGGUUGUGGAAAUGGGUCGAGUUCUACAAGAACGACUACAGAUACGUGGGCAAGUUGAUUGGCCGGUUUUACGACUCCAAAGGAAGGAAAACUCGGGAGAUGGAGGACUUUUACCAAAAGCUGAAAGCUGCUGAAGACGAAGAGGUUGCAGAAGGCGCUGAAAAAAGAAGAUAUCCACCUUGCAAUGUGGAGUGGAAGAAAGAAAAGGGCACUCGGGUCUGGUGCACAACCAAAAGUGGUGGAGUCGACCGAGCUUGGGCCGGAGUGCCACGAACACUUCACGAGCCUGGCAAGAAGACCAGCAGGUGUGCUUGUGUAGAGCCAAAAACUGCAGUUGAGGAUCCCAACCUGAAAGAGUACCCAGGCUGUCCUCCAGGGGCAGAUUCGUGUUGGAUCAAGGAAAAGGACAAAAUGAAUAAAAAAUAGGUUAGUAGAAAUUAAAACAGGAAAAUACACAUUCCAGCGGGAACUUUUUUGUUACAUAUUGUUUAUUGGGGUGUGAGACAAUAAAUUGCAUUCCAUGUUAAUUGUUCUUUCAAAAGGAG